UCUGGGCCAUUGUGUUGUUUUCAUUAUAUACCCCUCUCUUUACAAUAUCUUGUUGUUAUUGCGGCAUCGUGUGCCUCCCAUUGAGCUCCGUAUCGGCUCCAUCUCGCCUCAUACAACCACAGCAUCAUCACCAUGGCAACAGAAUCCCCUCGCAAGAAGUGCGGCGUCCUCGGCUGCACCGGCUCCGUCGGCCAGCGCUUCAUCCUCCUGCUGCAAGGCCACCCGUCCCUGACGCUGCACGCAAUCGGCGCCUCGUCCCGCUCCGCCGGCAAGAAGUACAAGGAUGCCGUGCGGUGGAAGCAGGCCUCGCCCAUGGGCGACGUCGCCGACAUGGUCGUGAGGGAGUGCCGCCCCGAGGAGUUUGCCGACUGCGACGUGGUGUUUAGCGGCCUCGAUUCCGAUGUCGCUGGCGAUGUUGAAAUGGCGUUCCUCAAGGCCGAAAUCCCUGUCUUCUCCAACGCCAAAAACUACCGCCGCGACCCCCUCGUGCCCCUCGUCGUGCCCACCGUCAACCUGCCUCACCUCGACCUCAUCCCCCACCAGCGCUCCGUCCACGGCCUGUCCAAGGGCUUCCUCGUCUGCAACUCCAACUGCGCCGUCAUCGGGCUCGUCAUCCCCUUUGCCGCCCUGCAGGCCGCCUUCGGCCCCAUCUCCACCGUCAGCAUCGUCACCAUGCAGGCCCUCUCCGGCGCCGGCUACCCGGGCGUCUCCAGCAUGGACAUCAUGGACAACGUCGUGCCCUUUAUCCAGGGCGAGGAGGACAAGCUCGAGACGGAGGCCAGGAAGAUCCUCGGCGCCAUCGACGACUCCCGCACCGCCUUUGUCGAGCAGGAGUCGCUGCGCGUGUCCGCCUCGUGCAACCGCGUCCCCGUCUUGGACGGCCACACGGCCUGCGUCAGCCUCAAGUUCGAGCGCCAGCCGCCCCCUACGCCCGAGCAGUGCAAGGCCGCUCUCAGGGCGUACGUGUCCGAGGCCCAGAAGAUUGGCUGCCCGUCUGCGCCCAACCCGCCCAUCAAGGUCUUUGACGAGGAUGACCGGCCGCAGCCUCGCCUGGACCGUGAUCUUGGCAGGGGAUACACUGUCAGCGUGGGCAGAGUGCGAGCUGACGAGAGUGGCAUUUUCGACCUGAAGUUUGUUGCGCUGAGCCACAACACGGUCAUCGGAGCGGCUGGUUCAUCGAUAUUAAAUGCUGAGGCUGCCAUUCUCAAGGGCUACAUCUGAUUGCAUUUUGCAGUUUUGUACAUGUAUAUAUAUAAAAAAGUUUAAAAAAAACGUGGGCUUGGGUGGCUAAUAGAAGAAAAAGAAUCUAUGCAGCAAUAAUAAUUUGCAUCAUGACUCUC